AUGGAAACUAUCUAUAGAAAAACGGAAACCAACAUAUUAGACCAGUUUCAAAGACAACACUCGAACAUUUCUCUGGAGAAUCAGUCAGCAGUCCCUAGAAACGCCUACACCUUAGAAUCCAACAAACAACGCUGUUGUAUAGAUGAAAAUGCUAAUUUCAUUGAAGAUUUCUUAUAUUCUUUUCAACAUCAAAACCAAUAUCUUUCAUCGAAAACUGAGGCUCUUUUAUAUGAACACGAUACUUCAGAUGAUAAUUUUACUUCGGAAGAUUCAAAUAGCGACCUAGCAAUUGACAGUGAAGAAGCUUCCGUGAACUCGCUUUCUGAUGGGUCUCUGGAUCCUUCCGAAGAUUCCGAGUAUUUGCAGGUUUCGUCAGAUUUCGACGCUUGUGAAUGUUGCGAGUUCCAUGCACAAGAGGACUCUGAUUUAUCUUCUGUCUCUCAACUCCAUUGCUGUACUAAUGUUUCACCGCCUGCUUUUAAAUCUGCGUGUCUCCAUGAAAUAGACAUGUCCCCGGGCAAAACGCACAACGUAAAACAACUUCUAGCCGAACGAACCUCGCCGGAAAAGAUGGUCAGUUCUGAAACCACAGAACCUGCAAUUGUUAAUCGAAUCCAGAAGGCUCGAGAGGUCGGAAGGGAAGAACUGGUUAUGCGUUCUGAACUCUUCUGUCCUUUUCAACGAGUUGGUCACACAGAAACGCGGGCCUCCCCGUCAGCUCAUCCAGAAGCGACUCCUCUUAUGACAAUUAGAACCAGUCGAGCACUCAAAUCCCUAAAGAUUAUUGAUUGGGAUCAUCUUAUACGAUACACUCCUAACAUAUACGUCCCGACGCUUCUGAUGAUUCCUGUUGAGAAAGAAACUCAACAUGAUACACUCGACAUCUCGCUCCCAUUUUUCCCCGAAAACUAA